AUGUCUUUCAGUCCAGGUAUCAAGUGGUUGGCAAACUGGGCUAUGGGGGAUACCCCACAGUGUGACUUUGCAGAGACUUGGAGAACUGAUCGGCUCAGGGAACACGUCUAUGUCACGUUGAAACUAUACGAGCGCGACUCUACUCAUGCUCAACGAGAAAUUCAGGUUUACAAACACCUCAAAUGUCUGAAAUCCAGCCACACUGGCUCUAUCCUCGCGCGAAACUUUUUGGAUCAGUUCCAGCUUAGUUCAGCCGACGGUUCUCACUUCUACCAAUGCCUUAUCCACCCACCCUUGGGUAUGAGUCUCUUUGAGCUUCGCAAUCGAUGCCCACAAAGAGUACUUCCCGAGAUCCUGCUUAAGCCCACCCUUAUCCACAUUCUCCUUGCGCUAGAUUUCUUACAUAGCGAAGCGUGCGUGAUCCACACUGAUAUCAAAGAAAAGAAUAUUAUGCUCAAUAUUGAAGACAACUCCAUUCUUGUUCACUUUGAGGAAGCUGAGAUAUCAAAUCCGAGUCCACGCAAAGUAGUCGGGAAUCGAGCAAUUUAUCGUUCUCGAAAUCUGGGUACUCCCAAGAAACAUGGACGUCCUGUGCUCUCAGACUUUGGCGAGGCUCGCUUUGGAUCAGAGUCUGGUACAUAUUGCGAAGAUGUACAGCCAUUUACAUAUCGGGCCCCGGAAGUAUUACUACGCAUGCCCUGGAAUGAAAAGAUUGAUAUUUGGAACCUUGCUGUCUUGGCCUGGGACCUCUUCGAGCAGGGCAAUCUGUUCUUUGCUCGAAAUGAAGAUCAAAAUCAAUCAGACAGUCACCAUCUCGCUGAAAUGAUAGCGUAUCUGGGACUACCGCCACGUGAAAUGCUUGAGAAAAGUGAAUAUGCCAAUAAGUUUUUUGAUAUCAGCGGUAAAGCUCAUCAACUCCUCAUCUCUUUUGGUCUCAGUCUAUAUAAGCGUUCUGACCAGUAG